AUGGCUAACCUGACUAUUCUGCAGGGCGUGGUGCUCGCAGGGCUCUGUGCUGCAUGUUGGCCAGUCUCGACUGCCCUGCUAUGCCUCAAUUAUGUGAUCCUGGCUAUUUCGUGCCGCAAGGCACUGCGCGCCCUGGUUCGACGCAUGCCUGGAUUCAAAGCCCGCAAUGUCCUCAUCACCGGCUCAAGUCCCUAUGCUCUACGACUUGCACGAGCUUUCCAUGAGACUGGCCACCAUGUCAGUCUGGCUGCAACUCAAACAAGCCUUCUACCUCUUCACGUUCGGUGGUCCGUCGCCGUGCGCAAAUACAUACAGAUAAAACAUACUCCAACAAUUGAGAGCUACUCCGAAUAUGCACAAGAACUGUUGACCAUCAUCCAGAAGGAAGCUGUUGAGCUCUGGAUCGACUGCAGUAAGGACACUCCAGCUCUUGUGCUCGCCCAGGCAAAGAGCAUCAUCACUCAGAAGACGGACUGUGUAUGCUUCGUUCCAGACACUAUCAAUGCAAUGAUCUGUUCGAAGCCGUCGACUUUCCUCAAGUUUGCCGCUGACAACGGCCUCCCGGUUCCCGAGUCGUAUGAGGUCAAGACACGGAACGAAAUCCACAAGAUUCUGCAUCAAUCCAACGGCAAGCGCAAAUAUAUUCUGAGCGAUGGCGACACGAAUGGCACAGUCACCCCUCGCUCAUCAACUCUACUGCCUCGCCGUACACUUAGUCAGACGUACGAUGAGGUCUCUCGGGUCAAGAUCUUGAAGAACUCGAGUCUUCGUCUUGACCAGACUCCGGAGGGCAGCGAUCUUUACCGAAGUACUGCCAUCAUCGUCAACGGAAAAGUCAAGACAUUUGUUGCAUGUGCGCUCACAGACAGCAGGGUGUCUACCAUCGUCAAUCCUUCCUCCGCGCUCAAUAUCGCUAUAAUGCACUUUGUGUCUGCUUUCGCCACGAAACUAGACUCCUACAGUGGCCACUUGACAAUCGACUUCGCUGCUGAUGAGCGACCUAACGUUCAGGCCGUGGAAAAGCGAAUACUCCCUAUGGCUGGGCGCGCAACGAUUGACGCACCGAUCCUACUCUUCACCGGCCUACAAGGCUCUAUUGCCCUAGUCCGCGGCUAUGUUUCGGUUUUCGGCCGCAGCGCGAAUGGUUUCAUCAGUGGCGACGAUGAAAUAUCUACACCAGUCAUCCAGCCUGGGCACGAGCGAGGUGUGUACUCGUUUGGGAGUGCGCUCUAUACACUCCUGCUCUUGCCCAUGUUGGAUCUUCUUACGCUGCGCACGAAUCUCUUCUACGUUCUUGGCGCGGCAAUUGCGUUUGUGAAACAUUUCAGCUUCUGGCAGGAGGCUUUGUAUGACUUCAAGGAUCCACUACCGUCCUGGUACUUCUAUCAGGUCUAUGUGCCGGCGAGGUUGGUCUUCAGUGUCCUUACUGGUACGAUGAGAAACUUGACAACAGAAUUGGCAAAGUUGAUGGCAUGA